AUGGGCGGUACAUCCUUCCUUCGCCGUGUUUCUUUGCACGGGUUUCGAGGGUCAAGCUCGAACCAGAAACUUGACGAGCCAAAGCGUGAACUCGACGACCAAAUACCGGAUACCGCCCCAAUAACCCCAGAGACCCAAACUGUUCUCUUGUUACACGGAGCACGUCAACCGUAUCAGUUGACGGAGAACCAUCCGGUUCCUUCUUUCAAGGAUGACCGAGAGAUACUCGUCCGGACGCAGGCCAUCGGCCUGAACCCGAUGGAUUGGAAGGCCCCGAGACAGGGUAAGGAGGACAUGCUUCAUGUCAUCGUCAUAUCAACCGACUACCGAGACCUCCGCAAAGCGGCCUACCAACAAUACGUGGUAGCCCCCGACUACAACACGGUCCGCCUCCCACCGACCCUCUCGCCCGAAGAGGGUUCCUCCCUGGGGGUAGCCUUCGUCGUCGCCGCCAUCUCCCUCGGCGUGUGCAUCGGGCUCGACUUCACCUCAGUCCUCAACGGCCCCGACCUGUACACCCUCAUCCGCCAGCUCCCACCCGACACCCUCGCGCAGGACAUCCAAAAAGAAGCCCUCCACAGCCUCCCAGCCCACGAGCGCGCCCAACCAGGCGACUGGCUCGCCAUCUGGGGCGGCUCAUCCACCUCCGCUCACCUCACCCUCCAACUCGCGCGCCUCGCCGGCCUGCGCACCAUCGCCGUCGCCGACAAAGCCAAGCACGGGCUCUGGCUGUCCAGCCACAAGACGGUGCGCCCCGAUCUGCUAGUCGACAGCCACGACCCAGCACGGGCGGUGGCCAUCAUCCGGGCCAACGUCCAGGGGACGGCGGGGAGGACGCUGCGGUUUGCGGCCGAUACGCGGGGGCGGGAAUCGGCGGGGUGGUUGUUGGAGGCGUUGCAAGAGGAAAAUGAGGGGGGGAAGGGGGGGAAGGGGAAGGCGCCGGCGGUGCCGGGAAGUUCCACACCGCCGUCGGUUCCGGUUCCAAUUGCGGCCAGUGAAGCUGGAGACGGCUCCGCGUCCGCGUCUGCGGCCGAACAACCCCCGGCCCGGCUUUCCGCGCAUCUGAUCGGCCUGACGGGUCUGCCUAAGCAGCCCGCCCCUGACGGCGUGGUAUAUCAUACCGUGCCGAUCAAGCUGUUUCAUGAGGUGCCGGCGGUGGGCCAGGCGCUGGUUGAGUGGUUGGAGAGGCUGCUGCAAGAGGGCCUUGUGACGCCGCCGAAUAUUAUUGAUGUCCAGCUGGGGCUGGGGAGUGUGAAUCAGGGGUUGGAUCGGAUGAGGAGAGGCGAGAUUAGUGGCGGAAAACUGGUUGUUAGGAUUGACUGA